AUGGCAUCAGAGCUGGCAAUGAGCAACUCCGACCUGCCCACCAGUCCCCUGGCCAUGGAAUAUGUUAAUGACUUCGAUCUGAUGAAGUUUGAAGUGAAAAAGGAGCCGGUGGAGCCCGAUCGCAGCAUCAGCCAGUGCAGCCGCCUGGUCGCCGGGGGAUCCCUAUCUUCCACCCCGAUGAGCACGCCUUGCAGCUCGGUUCCCCCCUCUCCAAGCUUCUCGGCGCCCAGUCCGGGAUCAGGGAGCGAGCAGAAGGCUCACUUGGAGGAUUUCUACUGGAUGACCGGAUACCAACAGCAGUUGAACCCCGAGGCUCUGGGCUUUAGCCCGGAGGACGCCGUAGAGGCGCUGAUCAGCAGCAGUCACCAGCUCCAGACCUUCGAUGGCUAUACCAGAGGGCAGCAGUACGGCGGCGCAGCGGGGGCAGGAGGCGCCAUGGCCGGGGAGGAGAUGGGAUCAGCGGCCGCCGUGGUGUCCGCGGUUAUCGCUGCAGCUGCAGCUCAGAACGGGGCUCCCCACCACCACCAUCAUCACCACCACCACCACCACACAGGGGCACACCACCCCUCCUCCGGGUCUCAGUCCGGCGGCGGCGCGGGGGGAAACCACCAGCACUUGCGCUUGGAAGAUCGGUUCUCGGACGAGCAGCUGGUGACCAUGUCGGUGCGGGAAUUGAACCGGCAGCUCCGGGGGGUCAGCAAGGAAGAGGUGAUCCGGCUGAAACAGAAGAGGAGGACGCUAAAGAACAGAGGCUAUGCCCAGUCCUGCCGGUACAAGCGGGUCCAGCAGCGGCACGUCCUGGAGGGGGAGAAGACGCAACUCAUACAGCAGGUGGACCACCUCAAGCAGGAGAUCUCCCGGCUGGCCAGGGAGAGGGACGCCUACAAGGAGAAAUACGAGAAGCUGAUCAGCACCGGCUUCAGAGAAAACGGAGGAUCCAGCAGCGACAACAACCCCUCAUCCCCGGAGUUUUUCAUGACAUCAAGAAAAUUCCUCCAUCUGUGA